AUCUCUCUCUAUAUAAAGUUGUUUGUAAUGAUUAUUACAAAUCACUUUCAAUACUAAAUUUCAAAAAAAUACUGAACUUAACAUCGGAACUGCAAAAAAGCUAUUUUUCAAAGACUUUUUUCCAAAUUCGCGAACGUUACUGUAAUUUUUAUAUAUGCUGUUUUAGAUAGAACAAUAUCAAACUGCAGGGGAUAAUAAAUUUGUGAAAAGAAAAGAGAGAAAAAAUAUUAUUUCUACGUCUUCACCUGGUAAAGAUCUGUGAAGAAGAAGUUACUAACAUUCUGUGGUGAAAAAUAUAAAGAGCAGAUAUAAACAGAAAUGGUUGACUUUUACAUAUAUACUAUCUCUGUUCUGACGGGACUACUUUCUUACUUACCAUUAUCAUUAGCAACAACUAGCGCCAUCAAAUCAACCAACAAACAUGCAGACUUGAUACGUCACCUCGACAACGUCAACAAUCAGCUCCACAUAUUGUCAAGAAGUAUCCGCAGUGCUCACUCUGAUUAUACAAGGCAACAAGAAGACGUUUGCAGAUACUUCGGCCCAAUGUCAGACAGUAUCUGUGACUUACAAUCUGCAGAUAACAGCUUAUCUAGUAGUGAAGCAUUAAAUCAAGCUAUUCAUGGCAAGUUUUCACCGGGUAAGAGAUCACAAGAGGAUUACGCAGAGCUUUCCGAGAAGAAGGUACUUCUUGAUGAUAUCAUGCAGAAACAAGACCUUCUGGAGAAACUCCAAAGAAUUGUCGACGCAGCGCAGUCCACGGUACAAAACGAAAGGAAGCGAAGUUGUAAUCUAAAUCUUGGAUUUCACUGUCAGACCGAGCAGUACUCAGCCAUUGCAGACAUGUACAACUGGCUUCAGAGUUCACUCAGUCCGGGAAAAAGACGCCGCCGACAGGCAAGUGCCAAAAUUGAGCAUCGACAGAAAUCGACUGCCAAUUAACUGGUCUACAGGCGACGCUGGUGUACAAAGUGUAUCAUUUAUGAUUAUUUCUCUCUUGGACUCUAAUGAAAAUACCAACUUUUAUGUUCAAAGUUUGAAUAAAGAUGCUGUUAUUUAAAUUAGGAUAUGAAAAGCUCUUGUAGUCAACAUUUUUAUAUCAAAGACAAUAUAUAUUUAUUAUAACAAAAUCUUCAGUUUAUUAUUCUAACAGUAACAAGAAUUAAUUAAGGGUAUUGGUUUGCAGAAAUGAUUUUGGUGUUUUAUUUACAAACGACUUCCUUUCAGUACAUGUAUCUAAAAAAAUUAAAAAAUAAAAAUACUUGAUCUCUGU